CAAGUGCCUAUCUAGCCAAAAAGAAAACGACAGCAGCGAACGAGCAGGGGGGUAGAUCUUUGUGUACCGUUUUUUUCGUAGCCAGUGCAACAAACAAUAAUUAAAGUGUACCCAAUAUUGGAAAAAUUAACUAUUAACAGGCUAAGUCGUGCAAAUAGAUAAACUAUUGAGCAGAUUGGUGGAAAGGCCAAAUCGAAAUGCCAUAAAGGCCUUUCCAGGAAUUCUCAUCACAUAAACGUUUCCGAGAACCACACACCAAUACAGAGCCAACAAGUGCCCCUACCAGUGCAAGAAAGGUGUGUGUGAGAGGAGGGCCACUCGCUCUUGGCGCGCGCGCGUGUGUGUGAGUGUCAGUGCCAGUGCCUGUGUCGGUGUCGGUGCUGGUGCGCAAGUGUUUGUGUGUUGUUGGCCCAUUCCAAACAAAAACCCGAAUAGCUGCUUAUAGGAGGGGAAAUCCAUCUUCCAAAUGCAACCGAGUCGGUCCAUUAUGCAGCAGGUCCUCGAACUGCUGGCCCUGCUCACGGCCGUCUGCUGCCAGCAGGCGGUGGCCACCGUGGAGCCUGGUUGGCUCUAUCCCGACAAGGUCGAGCAGUUAAUCGGCGCCGACUUUAACAUUAGCUGCACCAUCAACGAGACAUACUUCCGGGAGACAAACACCGCUGAAUCGUGUACGGUGGACCAGCUGUACUUCAAGAGCAAGGUGCAGGAGUACCGCCGAUCGCCGGACAUCCGCAUCGUGAACAACACGACCAUCAUCUUCAGCGCUCGCGACGCCGUCGAGCAGGAGGAUGAGUACCGGUGCAUGUGCGGCUAUUACGUGAUUAACACAUCGAAGGUGUACGUGGGAACCCGGCCUCUGCUAAUCGAGGACUUCAGCUGCGUGGGCUAUGACUUCAAUUACAUGCUGUGCAACUUCACGAAGCCGCAGAACAAAAUCAUCACCAAGUACAAUGUCAGCUUCACCUUCAGUCAAAAGGACGCGAGCUACUCGUACCCGGUCGAUUGUAACUUUGAUGCUGCGCCGGUGGUCACCUGCAACAUCACCGACGAACUCUACAAGAAGUUCACCAAGCUAUACUACUUCCACCUGGACAUCGGGAACACACUGGGCCAGGAGAAACAGAUCAUCGAGGUGAACCAUUUUGAGCGGACAGUUCCUUCGCGUCCCGGCCAGAAUCUUACCGUGGUGAAUCGCACCGAGAGCUCCAUCUGCCUGUCCUGGGAGAUGCCACGGCGCACCAACUAUAUACUACUACACGGCCUCACCUGGCAAGUGCUCGUUACGCCCGCCAAUUUUGCCGCCCUUAAGCGUAACAACUGGCGCAACAAUUCUUCCUCAAUCAAGGACACUCUGUGCCUCACCGAACUUCCCUAUGCCGGCUACGACUAUACGCUGCGGCUGCGCGUGCGCGGCAACCAGAAUAACACCAUGUGGAGCGAGCCGUUGGUCUACAAUUUUGUCACCGGCCCAGAGCGACCGCGUCGUCCACCCCGCGUCACCGACGGCAGCUUCUACGUCUACUCGUCCGAGACAAUGAUGCGCUUCUACUGGGAGCCGCUGGCACCACACGAGCUGAAUGGUGAUGGCUUCAAGUACAUUAUCAGUGAAUAUCGUGUGAAUGGAAGCCUCGUCGAUCCCUCAGUGAUCAAAGUGGAAUCAAAUUCAGCCCUAAUUGAGCACUGGAACAAUAAUGCCUACCAUGACAUCCUCAUACGGAGCAGCAACAGCGUAAAUGCCUCGGUGAACGCCACCCGCAUGUCCAUCGGCCCCAUCAGCAAUGCAGACAUCAACGAGCGUGUGCCCAAGAAUAUACGGAGCGUGUAUCAUCCGAACAACAAGAGCUACACGGUCAGCUGGGAGUCGCCAUUGGAUGUGUUCGAGCUGACAAACUACACGGUGUUCUGGUGCGUGGCAAAGCCGGCCCUACAGUCCGAGUGCGCGGGCUCCAUACACUUCGAGAAGGUGGACAGUAGGCAGCGGCAGUUCACGACGACUCCGGACCAGCCGCCGUCCCUCCACAUGGCGGUGUCGGCCAACUAUCGGCGUCACAACACUGGCAUGCGGUGGCUGAUCUGCAGCAGCGACAAGAAGGACGACCUGGCCAAGAUGGAGCCGACAAUCGAUGCGUCAAGCAACUCAACGCUGACUGUCAAAUGGAGCACAGAGCGCGUCUGCCCGGUGAUCCUUACUGGCUACAAUCUCACCUACUGCCAGAGAUCGGCCGGCAAGCCAGACAACUGCACUACAGAGGCGAUCGAGGAUCGCGAUGCCAAGCAGUAUGUGAUCCGUGACCUGGUCCCCUACACUGACUACAGCGUCAAGAUGCUGAUGAAGUCCGAAACGCGGGCCAGCAAAUAUAGCGACGAGCUGAUCAAGCGUACCGGCGAGGCGGCCUCCAGCCAACCACGUGAACUCCAGCUCCACAACGUCAGCAAUUCGAGUGCCCAACUGGCCUGGAAGCCGCCCCUAAAGGCCAACGGCGUGGUGCGUGCCUACGAGGGCAUCUUCCACCACGACAACACGACGGACUACUUCAAGCUGCCGGCCUCUGCCGACGAGCUGGUGGACAAGGAGAAGCUCAUCACCUAUGAGCUGGGCAACCUUACCGCCUAUACCGACUACGUGGUAAGCAUCCAGGCGAGAACAUUGUACCCAUCGGAGCCCAGCAAUGUCAUCCGCUUCCGGACGGCCAUUGGAGUUCCCUCACCGCCCACGCUGCAGGUGACAAACAACAAGGACCAGAGCUACAGACUUGACUGGAAGCCGCCGAGUCAUCCGGCCGGACUUGUCGACUACUACGAGAUCUCGCUGCGCGACAACAAUGCCAGCUGCCUGUUCAGCUACAUACUCUCCGGGCAAAAUCGCUCGCUCGUGAUGUCCACACCGCAAUGCACCAGCCAUAAUCCCCUGCAGCUGGCGGUGCGUGCAAUCAACGUAGAGCGGCUGGUCCACACAGGUGCCCUGCAAGGCCGUGGAGAACGAUCUGCGGUGGCGUUGGCUUCGGCGUCGCCUAAGAGCUGCGAGAUGCACCUGGAACGGCUCGGGGAGGAGGAGCGUAUCGCCUUUGAGACAUUCAGCAGCAACGCCACCGGUUACCGCCUGCACAGAUCCGAUUGGGGAACGUACGGAUUCAUUUGCACGCCGGACAUCCACAGCGUGAAGGCCAUGUACCAGACGAUCGAGGUGACGGUGGCCUUCCUGGUGCUGGGCGUCAUCUUCUACACGGUGUACAAGAAGUACCGAAAGAUGUCGGACAUUGAUCUGGUGCUGCCGCAGGGCAUUAUGGAGACGCUGAAAAAACCGAUGGAUAUGGGGGGCCUGGGACUGGGCAUGGGCCCCGACAUGGCCUCCAGCGGAGGCAUCAUCUGCACUCGGGUGGACGACUCACCGCAGUACACGCCCCAGGACAUGCCGCACGACUUCAGUAGCUGCGGCAGCGAGAGCUCCAAACUGCUGCUGCGCAACACUUCCAGCAGUGGGGGAUGCACGGAUCGGGACGAUCGCUACGACGACCAGCAGGAGAUAGUUGGCAUGAAUCCCAUGAACGCCAUUAGCGCCAUGAACAGCAGCCCCGCCGCACCCACAAGUUAUGUGUCCAUGCGCCACGGACUACUCGUGCAGAACGAUAGGGAGAGCGAGAGUGAGAGGGACAGGGACAGGGACCAGCAGCGGAGCAGCAUGCAGGAGCUGCAGGCGAACCACAACCAAUCGAGUGGUUACAUCAAGCCCACCCAAAUGAAGAGUUGGCCCUCGUCCAAUGCCAAUACCUUGCCAGGUGCCAAUGUUCCUACCCCAGCAGCAGCCGCAGCAGCAGCAGCAGCCACGCAGCCAAUGUCGAUGCCACUGUCCAUGGCCCGGAUGCCCCUGACUGGGUAUGUGCCGGUGAACAUUCUGAAGUCCCGGCCACAGAUGGACCCAAACGGUGGCCCACGUGGUGUGCCAUCGCCUGAUGCGUCCUCCUUCUUUGCGCCAGAGCAUUUGCUUAACGCGGAAAACUUGAUGCAAGGAUCCGACCGAUCCGACCUGCACAAGCUGCAGCCCCUGAACGUUGUUCCCGCUGCUGCAGCGGCAGCCGCAGCUGCUCCGCCGCCUUAUCUGCCAGCUAUGAGUCCAUCAGCAGCGCCUAAGCUGAACGUUGACACCAGCUACACGACCUUGGAGCAACUGCAGCGCACCGGAAUGAUGAAGCCACAGGCGUUCAUGCCAGCCAUAAGUCCAUCAGCAGCGCCCAAGCCGAACGUUGACACCGGCUAUACGACCAUGGAGCAGUUGCAGCGCACCGGCCUGAUGAAGCCACAGGCGUUACCACAGUCAAUUGGCAUGCACACAUCCACGCAUCCGAGCGGAGGAGCUGCUGGCGCUGGGGCUACGACGGGCCCGCGAGUGCAGCCACAGAUCAAUGGCUAUGUGACGCCCCAGGAUCUGAAUGCCCUGGCCCACAACAGACACGUUCUCUAGGAAGAUGAAGUUGGAUAGAGAGAGAGUGUGAGAGAGAGAGAGAGAGAGAGAGAAUAGAGAAUAGAGUUAAUCGUUGCAUGGAAGUGCAAGCAAUAACAACUUUAGUCCACACUCACGACAUCGGCACCUACGCAUCCAUCCAUCCAUCCAUCCA